AGAUAUCCGUGCUCGGGUGAUUAUGCCAAACUGUCCAAGCCCGCCAAGAACACUGUAGAAAAGUUCAGAAUUCCGCUUCUCAGAACAGGUUAAUAAUUCACAUCCCGGGUACAUACAUUCUCUCCCUGCCAAGAAGAUCUCAUACAUAAAAGGUAAAAAAUUCUUGUUUUACUGCAUAGUUUUUUCUUCUUAUUAUAAAUUUGUCUCUUGGCUACGCUCACUGUCAGAGCAUGUACUCUAGGGCCCCUACUUGGGUCUCAUUGUACUUGAGCUCAGUUUGAGAGAAGACAAUCUUGCCCACUAUCCUCUACACCCAAGUCUGGUAACCUCAUUGGAUCAUGCUUAUUGGGACCAUUUUGCAUCAUUUGAUCUUGUCAGUUCAUCAGUAUUUAAAUUUGACUAUAAAGCUUGGAAGUAAGUUACCCAUUAGGACCAAACAUCAACACUGGCUACUCUUCCUUGCAGGAUGGAUACAGAACUGUCCUAAACACGUGUUGCAACCAAGCUUCUUUUUUCCAUAUUGUUUAGAGAAAAAAAAAUUUUGUUGCGUGUACAUGUUUUAGGACUCCCUGGUGCUGUUCAUGUGUAUCCUCGCUUGCAGUAAAAUUUUUAAGAAACGAAAAAAGUACCACAGCUGCAUUUUGAAGUGCUUUGUGUUAUUUUAUUACAAAAGUCUCAACUGUCAGCAUGACAUAUUGAACAGGGAAUAGAAAAGAUUGUAUGCUAUAUACUUAUUGGUGGUCCUGAAAGACCAAGUAAGUAAGGCCUUGUCNCUUUUUUUUUUUUUUUUUUUUUUUUUGGACAAAAUAAGUAAGGCCUUGUCACGAUAUUUUUUUCACGAGUAAUUAUCUUAGUUGGAGGUGAUAUGUGUUUUGUGCUCAGAAUUAUUAUAAUGAAAGGAAAAUUCAAAAAGAAAAAUCAAUGCCCCUGUGUGCUACUUGCAAUAAAUAAACAUAGAAGAUUUGAUUUACGUAUAGUGUUAACUUGUGAGUAUGUGCUGUGUCUUCCAAUAGCGUCAUGUUAUUUUUGUUUUGAGAUUGAAAGAUGUAGGGGCCUUGUCUACAUAGUCGGGAAAAAUGGAAGCAAAGGCUGGAGAAGAUGGCAAUGAGGAGUGACAGUUUGAACAAAGGAGGCAUUGCGAAUAAAUUAAAAUCAAAGCUCACAUUACCUUGGUCGCUGUAGUGGACAAAUACACACAAGACACUUUUUCUAACCCUGGUAAAUCGCCGUGAAGAUUGCAAUAAGAAGAUAGUUGGGCAUAUUGAGACUGUUUAGGUGGCAUCAUGAUGAGCACAAAUAUGAAUAAUAUAAAAUCACCACCAUUGCCGCAAAAAUAAGGUUACAAAUCCACAAACGUAUUAAUGUAAUCAUUACUCUAUAUAUGAUACAUGUAUCUAAAAUUUCCAUUCUUUUUCUUUAACCGGAUUUGAGGUCGAGAUGCCUAAAUAAGCACCUAGGAUCCAUUACCAAUACACACCAUUGUAAAUAAUUAGUGAUAUCUCAAUUUCAAGUUA